CGGAAGCGGCGGCGGCGGCAGCGAUGGCGGCAGCGGUGGCGCGGCGUGGGUCCUUCUCGGACUCCGGCUCGGACUCGGAGGAUUCCUCACUCUCGGACUCGGAGCUCCAGGAGGCCUUCGCGAGGGGCGCGCUGAAGCCGGGGCUCAACGUGGUGCUGGAGGAGCGGCCGAAGCGGCGCAAUGACACGGACGGCCUGAAGCAGUGCCUGGCCGAAUUCAGGCAGCAGCUCGCGUGGGUGGAAAGGCUGGACGUGACUCUGGGCCCGGUCGCGGACCCCGUCUCUCAGAGUGCUUCUACGUCUGCUGCCGUUGACCCUGAGAACGAUUUCCAGAGAGAGAUGAGUUUCUACCGGCAGGCGCAGGCAGCUGUCCUGGAAGCCCUCCCUAGGCUGCAUAAGCUCCAAGUUCCUACGAGGAGGCCGGAUGAUUACUUUGCAGAGAUGGCCAAAUCAGACCAACAGAUGCAGAAGAUUCGACAGAAGCUUAAGAGUAAACAGGAAGCAAUGGAAAGGUCUGAGAAAGCAAAACAACUCCGUGCAAUGAGAAAAUAUGGCAAGAAGGUGCAAGUUGAGAUUCUGCAGAGGAGACAAAAAGAGAAGAAAAAUAUGUUGAAUGCAGUCAAGAAAUACCAGAAAGGUCUCUCUGACAAGCUGGACUUUCUAGAUGAAGAGCAGACAUCGUCUCAGGGGAAUAAGAAAGGCAAUGCAAGUCAACGGACAAAGAAGGGACCAAAUGCCAAAAGACGAUACAAAAAUCAGAAGUUUGGUUUUGGUGGGAAGAAGAAGGGCUCAAAAUGGAACACAAAGGAGAGUUUUAAUGAUGUAUCCAGCUUCCAAUCAAAAGUGGCUCACAACAAAGGCCCAGGGAAAGGAGGAAGAGGAGGAAAAGGAGGGAAAAAAGCCCUUAAUAAGAGACCUGGAAAGAGAGCGAGGCAGAAAAUGAAGAACCGAGCCCGUUAAGAGGACUAUGCUCCCCAGUGUGGUUCCUGUGUUUCUUUGUGUUGCAAGAUGAGUUUCUGCUGUCAUGAAGCAACUAACUCUGGAGCAAGCUGGAUGCUUUACAAUGGCAAGGAAAAGAAGUCAGUGGAAACCAGUGCCUUAUCACUAAUUUCUUCUUACUGUGUGUUUUGUUGAAGGAUUGUUUUCUACUUAAAUCUUUGGUGUGUGAAUGCAUUAAAUGGUUUGCACAGAA